AGCGAACGUUUACAAUUUAUGUAAUGCAUCGAACAAGUGAAGGUCUAUAUGUUGUUGAUACCUUAACUGAAUUUAAUAUACCAAAUACUAAGGAUCAAUUGUACAUUUUGAAGGAAGUAAUCGAAAAUGUUUAUUUAUUUAAGAGUCGAAUAAUGGACUAUUAUCUAAUGGUUCAGAAGAUCGUUCCUUAUACCAAAGUUCAUGUUGGUAUAAAUGAAUCACCUGUUGAAGCAUCACCCUCCAAAGCUUCGAGGACUUACGAUGCUUCAAAAACUUCUGAUUAG